AUGGCUGGUGCCGGGACUGAACCUACAGCUGGCCCUGCCAGCACCAGCGAUCCGUCGUCAUCCCACCAACCGACGUCGAUACCACUGUCUUCUUCACCUUUUACUUCUUCGAAACCAAUAGAAACAGCGAUACUCUCUCACGAUAUUUCGAAGCAGAGUAGUCCCAAGCAAGAAGAGUCUACCGCCUCGACAAAUGGCACCACAUCCGCUCCAGCCGAGCAGAGCCACCCACGACCCGAACAGACUGCGGCCCAAUCACAGCCGCCGCCAACUAGCGCGCCGAUGGCCGUCGAACUCGACGACUUCGGGCUGCCCGUGAGGCAAUACAGAGCUCCGAGCUCCGCGGCCUCCGAGAGUGGCCGGUCCGUCGACAACAAACCUCGUAGUCACUCGAAUAGCUUUACGUCAUGGUUGCCGAGACGCUCUUCGAGUCGAGAUCCGAAACCCGCCACUCCCGCGCCCGAAGUCACGUCCAAAAAGGAGAAGAAGCCGGAGGAAAAUAGGACCGAGAGCGAGAAGGUAGAAGACGAAAAGGAAUUUAAGACCAAAGCCAACGGCAGCAAGGGACGUAAAGGUGACGAUGUCGAUGACGAUAGCGAAGAUGAGUUCAAGGAUGCUGUUGCGACCCUGCCUGCCGACGGUGAUGGGCCUCUUACACCCGUGCCCGCUCUGCCUCAGACCGAGGUGCAGAGCAAGUCUACUGCCACUGCCCAACCUACGACUGACGACCCGGCGCAAAAGCCGAGAUCGGGCACCAUCACGUCGACAGCCUCGAGCAACUUUAACGGCGUUUCCGAGUUCUCCCAUCAACACGUGAUUAUCAAGCAAGAAGAAAAAGCGGAAAGUGACAUCGGAUGGCAGGAGAUGCCCUCUUAUGCGAGAUACGACAUGUACGAUGACGAUGAUCGGCUUAUUGCGAGGGAGCAUAAUGAAGAAGAAGAUAAUGACGAGAAAUACGGAUAUUCCGGUCUCGGAGGCGCCGGGAAGGGAUAUACCCGUGUGAUUAUGGAUGACGAUGUUGAAUCGGCGACGAGCUUAGACGAUAAUACCCAGUACCUCUUCAAGGAUGUGAAAUCGACGAGUAUGAUGGAUGAAGAUGAUGAGCAGCGCGAUGCUGUGUCCCAGAUGCAGGCUACCAAGGACCUCUUGACCGAGGGCCAGAGGAUAGCAUACGUCGGAGUAGUGCGACUCGAAUUAUACCAGAUGGCCAAGGACACCGAAUCACUGGAGCAGACGAGGAAGUCAAAGAAGCUGGUCGCCUUCUCCGCCGAAUCCACCAAGAUGUGGGCGCAAAAGAUGAUGAUUCGGAUCUAUGCCCACAUGGAUAUCAGCCCAGCCGAGCAGGUCAUGAUUGAACAGCUAGCCGAGCACGGUGUCAUGCCUGCCGAUCUGACCCCGAUCCUCAUGGCCAAUUCGAGAGUCAACAAUCCUAUGGCUGAGAAGUCGACGAGUCCCAACUCCGCGGGAUCUAGGAGUUCUCUGCAAUCUCCCAUAUCCCCGGAUCAAGAAACUGCGGCUGAGCCCCCACCUCCAUACGAGAGCCAUGAGGGCGAGGAUCUCCCCGAGGUCAGAACACCAUCUCAGCUCCCCAACUCGUCAAAGCUCGACAUCGACCUCCGAUGGACAGUCCUAUGCGAUCUCUUCCUCGUCCUCAUUGCCGACUCGACGUACGACUCCCGCUCGCGAACCCUUUUGGAACGAGUCGGUAAGGCUAUGGAUAUUCCCUGGCUAGAUAUCUGCCGGUUCGAGAAACGCGUGACCGACGCCCUCGAGAUCCAACAGCAAGCGGAGAAGGAGAACUGGAACGAGGACGAGCACAUGGAGGAGCGCCGAAAGAAGGCCCUGAAGCGGCGCUAUGUCAUGAUGGGUCUCGCGACCGUGGGUGGUGGCCUGGUCAUCGGUCUCUCGGCCGGUCUUUUAGCACCCAUGAUUGGAGCAGGCCUUGCUGCCGGAUUUACUACCAUCGGUGUGACGGGUACUAGCGGUUUCCUAGCCGGUGCGGGAGGAGCCGCCGUCAUCACUUCGUCGGCCGCGGCGUCCGGGUCCAUUAUCGGUGCCAGGGCGGCGAACAGACGAACGGGCGCGGUGAAGACUUUUGAGUACCGGCCUUUACACAACAACAAGCGUGUCAACCUCAUCAUCACAAUUUCCGGGUGGAUGACGGGCAAAGUGGAUGACGUCCGCUUGCCUUACAGUACGGUUGAUUCGGUCAUGGGCGAUAUCUACUCGGUGCUCUGGGAGCCGGAGAUGCUGAGGAGUAUGGGUGACACCAUCAAUAUCCUGGCUACUGAGGCCCUCACACAAGGUUUACAGCAGGUUCUCGGAAGCACAAUUCUGAUGUCUCUCAUGGCAGCUCUGCAACUCCCCAUUGUGCUGACGAAGCUAUCGUAUCUCAUCGACAACCCAUGGGCCGUCUCUCUUGACCGUGCCACCGCCGCCGGAUUAAUUUUGGCAGACUCCCUUAUCGACCGAAAUUUGGGUACUCGGCCGGUGACCCUAGUUGGCUACUCUCUGGGCUCUCGUGUCAUCUUCUCCUGCCUCCAGGAACUUGCACGCAGGGGGGCGUACGGCCUAGUACAAAACGUCUACCUGUUCGGCUCGCCCAUUGUCGUAAAGAAGGAAGAAUACCUCCGCGCCAGGACCGUGGUGCCCGGGAGAUUCGUCAAUGCAUACAACCGCAACGAUUGGAUCCUGGGUUAUCUGUUCAGAUUGACAAACGGUGGCAUUCGCCGAGUCGCCGGCCUCGCCCCGAUCGAGGACUGCCCCUGGAUCGAGAACGUCGACGUCACGGAGAUCGUGGUGGGCCACAUGGACUACCGAACGAAGAUGCCCAGGCUUCUCCGAGAAUGCGGCUGGAUGGUGGAGAGCGACGAGUUUACCGAAAUCGAAGAUCCGGAUCCGGAAAAUCACGAAGAGCGCCAGAGGGAAUUGAUUAACGAAAUCGAGGAGGCUCGCAAGGAGCUUGAGAGGGAGGGCAAAGAAGGCAAAAGUGGUGGAGCCUUUAGCCUUUUCCGAAGGAAGAAGGCGCUCGAGAGAGCCGAGUGGGAGGUGUAUCAGGAUACACUCGGCAAGGAUGGAAAUAAGAAGGGCGCUGGUGAUGCCAAUACGGGUGUGCUCUUUGAUGUCGACGCCAUUCGAGCGGAGCUAGCCAAAGAGAAGUUUGAGAUUCGAGAGCUGCAGUCUACACUACCUCCUAUGAAGUUAGACCUGCGGCCGUCUCCAGCUGUCACGGACGUUGGAUCCGCUGAUGGUACGACCGCGGUGUACAGCCCACCAAGAACGGCCAUCCCGGCCACUCUCUCUGAACCCAAGCAUCUCGAUGUGGGCUCGGCUCGUGUGUCGAGCGAGGCCGGCACGCCGGUAUCCCGACAGCGCACACCGACGCUACCUAAGGAUCAAGAGCUAGCCAGGUCACCGUACUUUCAACAAACCCACGAUCCCUACGAAGAGGAAAUACAAAUGACUUUUGAUACCACCUUCGACCAGAAGAAACCUUCCUCUACUCUGCCCCCGCCUCGGUCACCUUCGCCUCCUCCUCCGCUGCCCCCGCGAAAGGACGACAACUUGAAGAGGGAUGUGAGCGGAGUUGGAAGCAGCGGUGGCGCGGUACAUGCGGCGCCGUCGAUUUACAUUGCUGAUCCAUGGGCGGAUCCUGAUCAUGAGGACUUUGGGAAGGAGAAGGACGAGAUACACAUGACUUUUGCAUAG